AUGGAUAGCUGGGAGGAUUUUUUGGUUGAGGAGCCUGGUAAGGCUGCCGAAGUUGAACUUCCAUUAGGAAAACCUCAGAAGCCCAAAAAGAAAUUUGACGAUGAAGAAGACGAAGAAGAAGAAGAAGAACAACCUCAAACCAACGACAACCAAAAUUCGUCCCCGGACUCUACCAAACCAAAGCUCACUAAAGCUGAUCGUGUGCAACAACGUAUCCAAGAACGCAACAUCGAAAAAGCUAUUCAAGCUAGCGAGGAAGCGGCAAAAUCUAACGAUGCAGCCAAGUCUUCCAAAGAAGAAAUGCGACAAGCAGAAAUCGACUCAGACUUGGCCAAUGCCAUGGACCUCUUCGACAUUGUUGAUAAAAAUACCGCAAGUGGUAACCGUGCUAGACAAGCUGAACAACAACGUGAAUUGAAGACCAAGGCUGACUUUGCCGCCUUCCAGGCCGAAAUUCUUCGUAAAGUUAAGCACUCUCAGUAUUCCACCGAGUACAAUGACUUUGCUCAAGAGUUAAUUCCUCUCUUGCUUACGAGUUUGAAAGCUUCUAGUGUCAAGUCUAUUCAAAAGUCUGUUAACAAAGUCGUGACUCAAAAGGAACAGCAAGAAAAAGCUCAAUCCAAGCGGGGUGCAGCCGCUACUCCUGCUAAGAAAGCUCCCGCUCCUGCUCCUGCAACGAAUGCGGAUAAAAAGGCCAAGCCUGCAAUCAACACGAAUUCUAAGAGAGGAGUUGCUAACGAGGCCGUCUACGAAGAUUAUGUCGAAGACGAAUACGAUGACUAUGCAGAUGACUUUGAUGACUUUAUGUAG